CAUGUCUUCUUUUUAUUAAAUAAAUAAGUAGCCUAAAUAAAUAUCGGUUUGGUUGUAGGCUAUUAUAGGCUAUAACAAUAAUUGUAGAAACUAAGUUUUUACGAAGUUUUUAAGAGGCAUUACCAAAAAGAAAAAAGAAAUAAGGGGUAGGGCUUGUCGUUUUGUAAAUGCCUGUAUCGUUUGAAGUGUUGUAUGAGAAGUCUGAGUCUGUUCAGAGUAAGCUCAGAGUAAACACACAGCAGCACACAAAAGGCUCGAAUGAGAUCUCACCUAUAGCGCAGGUGAGCUGCGGGAGCGCGUCACGGCUGAGUGACACAUUCAUUUUAAUAGUUUCGCCUUGAAGCUGCGUUCGCCCCGCCCCUUUCGGAAUUUCUUGUAGCCAAUCAUGUGUCCAACCCCCCAACCAUCGGGCUGAGAAGUCACGCUGCCGGAGCGAAAGGGGAAAGCUAUCCACUUACAAAGAACCCGAUAUCACUCGCAUGGCGCACGGGUAACCUGAUCAGCUUGGGCAGAAACGAGGCGGGGUGACGGACUAAAGGAAUCUGAGGAGAAGAAUAAAAACAAUGUCUGUUUCCUCUAGUGAAGUGACAGUGGCAGGCGACAUCAAAAAGGAAAAUGUGAAGUACACGGAGACUCUCGAGAGCUCCACGGACAGUCGGGGGCACGUCAAACUCCUGACUCUGGACACUCCGGUGGCCGCCGGGAUGCUCGUCGGGCAGCAACAGCAGCAGACCUCUCCACCGGAGCGCAAGAUGCCCACUAUGGACUCUUUGUCUGCGCACACUUCACCCGCAGCAACCGCGAGCUCGUUGGCUUUCUCACCGGAGCAGGUUGCGUGUGUUUGCGAAGCGCUUCAGCAGGGGGGCAACGUGGAUCGACUCGCCCGGUUUCUGUGGUCUCUCCCGCAGAGCGACUUAUUGCGCGGUAACGAGAGUAUCCUCCGCGCUCAGGCGCUGGUGGCCUUCCACCAGGCGCGCUACCAGGAGCUUUACAGCAUCUUGGAGAGCCACAGCUUCAGCCCCUCGUGCCACUCUGCCCUCCAGGACUUAUGGUACAAAGCCCGGUACACGGAGGCGGAGAAGGCCCGUGGUAGACCGCUAGGCGCAGUGGAUAAAUAUCGCCUGCGACGCAAGUUUCCCCUGCCCCGGACCAUUUGGGAUGGAGAGGAGACGGUGUACUGCUUCAAAGAGCGCUCCAGGAACGCGCUGAAGGACCUCUAUAAGCAGAACCGGUACCCGUCCCCGGCCGAGAAGAGGAAUCUGGCCAAGAUCACAGGACUGUCCCUGACACAAGUCAGCAACUGGUUCAAAAACAGAAGGCAGAGAGACAGAAACCCGUCAGAGGCGCAGUCCAAAAGCGAGUCAGAUGGAAAUCACAGUACGGAGGAUGAGAGCAGUAAAGGUCAGGAGUCUCUGUCCCCAUGUCCCAUGUCGACCUGUGCUGAUGGGACGGUGGGUAAUGCAGUUGUGCCUCUCUGCUCUGGAGCUCUUGAGGCCGGGGUUAUCGUCCAGCAGGUUGGAGACAGCAGGAACUCUGUCUCGUCAUCAUCCGUCAUCUUUAAUGGAGUCUCAGUCAACACGCCCGCCUCUGUUUUCCACAACGGCACCCCUUCAUUUCUCUCCACCACAGGACAUGUCCUCUUCAGUGGUAUGAACUUGGGACUCCAGUCGCUGGCUUGCAGAUCAGUGGCAGAUGUGGAGAUGGAUGGUGCAGGACAGGAUAAAAGGUUAACGGCAGACCCUGCACUGGUGUACCCCUCAUUUCACUGCAGUGUGAAUGGGACAGAUGUAGAGGUGAAAGCAGAGGAUGUUAGGCAGGAUGUGUCAGUUCAGGACCAGAACACGUCCAUUAGUUCGCCGUUCACUGUCACCUCGUCUGAUGGCUUGCAGCUUGAAGGUUACAACUUGGUUCCUGAAGCCAAUGGGACCUCACUGCUGAGCAACAAGAUGGUACUUCCUCCCUUGCAACUCCCAUCAUCUUCUUCACCCUCAUCAGUUACACAAGGUGUUGUUGAUGGCAGUUCUCCUGCUCCCGCCUCUCUAUGUCACCUCCGGGUGGAUGGGCAGGACAGGCUGCAGCUGACCUCUCUCGAGCCCAGCGCGGCACUCUACGGCCUGGCUAGCAUACACACACUGUCUGCUGUAAAGAAGGAACCUUUGGAGACUCCUGGUGGAUACCUUUACCACCUGGGUUACUCCCAUGACCCCACCCACAGCUCCCCCACCUCACUUAACAACACCAUGACAACGACCCAGCAAGACUACACUACUCUCACAGUGAGCACACCCUUACUCGCCCAAACGGACCUUACUGGCGAGUUCAGAGGUCAUGAAGCCCAGAUGACUUCGAGCCUAAAUGGAGACUUCCUAUGUGCGGUUUCAGAGGGAGGGAAGGGACAGAUGAGAGAAGUGGAGGAAGAAGAGGAAAAACAUCUGACAAAACUAAAAACAGUCCAUAUAGAGGAAGAGAUGACUGACCUUUGAACUUAAUAGGAGAAGUAGGUAAAAUACUUUUUACUGAAAUCACAACAUUAUUUUGGAUUAUUGAUUGAGUUUUUUAUGUUUUCAGCCUCUAAAUAUUCUAUUGUUUUUUUUGUUUUUUUUAAUGUAAGUAUUAAAUUAUUUUGGUGAAUCUGACUCCAGUUUGGUUUGGAGAACCUAUGCAAAGUUUAUUUGAAGAAUACAGUUUUUGAAAGUGUUUGUUUUUGUCUUUCCACACACAGAUAACGUUUUCAACUAUACUCUAUGAAUAGUUAUGUAUAACAGGGGUUUUCAAACAAGAGAGUAGGGUGUCCAUGGAAAAGUUUACAGAAAAAUCUAGUGUAAAUAAAUAAAUAAAUAAAUAAAUAAAUAAAUAAAUAAAAAUAAAUAAAUAGUAAAAUAAAAGUUCACAGAGAAAAAAUUUUUUUUUUUAAAAAGUUUCAGUUAUGCUUUCAUUUAUUUCAUAUAAAGACUGGAUGAAAAUCACAAGAUCAAUCAUAAUUAUUUUAUUAUUUAUGUUUCUCUACAUCUAACUAAACUGGUGGGUAGAAUAUAAUAGAAACAUUUUUUCAGAUAAUUUAUAAUAUGUGUACAACAUUAUCUAAUACUAAAAUAUUAUAUUAGAAAUUUGGUCUUUAUACCUAUAACAUAUAUAGCUGCUUUUUAUAUUUUAGGAAUUGGAUCCCUUUCCAAGGGAAUUAUCAUUUGGAAUGACCCAUGGUAUCAAAACGUUUGAAAACCCCUGGUAUAUAAAAUUAUAUAUAUACAGUCAAACCAAAAAUUAUUCAGACAUUUUUGAUAUUUGAUAUAUUUUUACUAGUGGGUGCAGGACACUAUAGUUCAUUUAUGUAAGCGAGGAUAGCAAAAUAAAGUAAACUGUGACAUAUUAUACCCAAAAAUUAUCCAUACAGUGGACUACCAGUAAAAGUGAUACAAAUUUGUAACCAAAAAUUAUUCAGACACUUUGACCUGAUCAUGUUUUGCUUAACUGUUAUCUGACAUAAUUAAGAUUAAUUUUUUCUGACACAGUUUAACUCUGAGAUAUUGUCAUAUUUUAUUACCAUUUUUUUAACUAUAGUGAAUAAACUGUAUUAGUGAAUGAAAUGUUCAAAGUGUCUGAAUACAUUUUGGUUUGACUGUGUAUAUAUAUUCAUAUUUCCUCCAUAUUCCUUCUAUUUCAUUCUAUUUUAAGAGUUUACAUUAAUUUUUGAGCUACAGGUAGCAGACAGCUCUUAUUUUCUCUCUGUCGCUCCCUCUUACAGUGGGGAGUGUGGACAUAUGUGUGUUUUAUGAGAGUCACCUGCUAGUUUCUGCCAAGAAGAGUUGAGGUUAGCAGACAGGUGGACGUCUGGUCAUGUGUCAUCUGAGUCGAACCUUAAAGGUCACGUCCCUACGGAAACACACAUGCACAGACACACUUUAUUCCCAUGCAGAUUAAAAAUACAAAAUCUGUGACAAUCUUCAUGGCAUUGUCAUGGUCACUACGUUGACUGCAUCUUCCAAUUACAAUAAUAAUAUGCAAAUGAUAUGCACUGUAGCUAUCAAUACAAAUCCACAAUGUUUGCUUAUACAAAUUAAGGGAUGAGUCAGAAUGGUUGGUAAUUGACAGCUUGCCACAGAUGCUGGAAAGUUUAGGGUGUUAUCAGUACACAAAAUAUACUAAAAACUACUUGAUUCAUUUGAGAUGCAAACAGUUUUGAGUUCACAAUAUGGGUAACUUAAAGGGAUAGUUCACCCAAAAAUGAAAAUUCUGUCAUCAUUUACUCACCCUCAAGUUGUUCCAAUCCUGUAUAAAUUUCUUUGUUCUGCUGGACACAAAGGAAG